CACUACCUUCCUAUUACGGAAGAACAUCGGCCUCAAAAUCUGAGGCCAAAAAGUCCCCUGAAAGCGACCCAGUAGCCCCCUACAAGGCUAUUAUGCCAAUGGGCACUGGUCCGAGAAGGGGCUAGGAGUCGGGUACCUAUGGAUGUACCUCCCGUCAAACGGAUGUAGUUCCCCAGUACCCCGGGUAAUCCCGAAAAGGAUUAGGCCUAAGAGCCAUGAAGCACUACCACAUGCCUCUCGUCCCACUCUCGUAAAAAUGGAGGCGCACCAGAAACUGGUUCCCUCCCACGCCGCAGGUGCAUGUACUACCCCUCCCCCACCACCUAGCCCAACCCACCACGCACUGCAAAACACUCCAACGGUGACCAGCACGUUCGAUGUGGAUAUGAUAGCUCACACCCUCGGGAAUGACCCCAUCCCCGGUGAAAGAGGAGAACAGAAAUCCUAUAAGGCUGUUCUUUCUUCUGAUACUUAUAUGUUACAACCACACAUGCCCCCCGUUACCACGCCUCCCCGCCCCCAGGCUCUCACAAGUUCUACAUCUGAAACUCUGAAACGCCUCCGGUCCCCGGAAUCUGCAAAAAUCCAAGGCCCUACUCUUGCCCCACCCCGUGUUAUGUUCCGGGUCCCUGCUAACACCGACGACCCUUUCCUUGCAAACUACAAUACCCCAGUAGCCACAACGUUACCCGCUAACAUCCACCCAAAUCCGGCUACAACUGAUACCAACAGCUCAACCGACCCUCCCUGCUUAACUCGCUUCCCUGCGCCCACGGACGCCCCCGCACAGGCCACUGCCACCGCUCUGAGACCCCUAGAUGACAACCCAGAUUAUAACUACAUCGACCUCAUGGGAGAGCUGGCCAACUUCCGUGCCCACGGAGCCCGCCCAGCUCGCAUCCUAGCAAACAUCGAUGAAACCCACUUCAACCAGUGGAUUACGACUCCGAGAGCAAUCCUAAUCUACCCCCUCGAUGCUAAACAUAGUCCUGAGAAUGACCACAAAACGAGGAACGACCUCACAAUCUUCCUAACCAGAGCCUUCCCCUUAUCCGCCCCCUUCAUCAAGGUCCGCCCCCCCAUUGCCAAAGGAUAUGACCCCACGGGGGCACCCUGGGGCUUCCUAAUCGAAGGUCUCCACCCCUCUCAUGCCCACCUUCUGGUGACCAGACACCUCUGGAUGAGCCGCUCUAUCUGCUUUAUCGCCAUUGAGCUGGCCACCUAUUGCCCGACAAGCUAUGUCGUGACCCUUAAAGACUUAGGUGCAAACCUCGAUGAAAGCGCAGUUGUCGCCAACGCGGUAUCCCAGAAAAUCCAAGAACCAAACUCGAUAUUCAAAACUUUCCUCGAAAAAGCUAACAUCGACAAGGAUGAUAUCGCGAGGAUUGCCAACAGCUGUGUUGCAACUCCAAGAGGAUAUGGCCCUGCCACCCACCUCUCCCGUCUCACCGCGAUGGAACGCAGGAUCCCCCCAACCAACAUCGACGCAUCGAUGUGGGAGAUCCACCUUCCAUCCCCCUUCUUCUGCGUCACGGACCGUGCCCCGGGAACUAUGAACAACAUACAUGACCAAUGGACUGGCCUCUUCAAACUCUCAACCUUCUCAGGCAACACAACCGGAAAUGGCCACGCUGUUGGUGGUCUAAUCUAUUGCCACACAUGCAAGGCCAUUGACCACAUCUUCUCUGUCUGCCCGAUCCAUGACCACUACACAUGGUGCGAGCUCAACCCAUCUGCUGGAAAGCCAGAACCGGGCCCCUCAACUCCCCAGUCCCCCCCACCCAACCGCAACUGGAAACCCCACGGAAGAGGCAGAGGAAAAGGAAGAGGCCUAGGCCCCGGCAACCAUGCCUGGUCCUAAUCUCUGUCCCACCGUAAAAUCCCAGCCAAGCCCUCUUCUCCUCCUCCUUCCCCAACCUCUAAACAGGAGGGAAUGUAGUCCGGCCCCCAAUCAGCCGCUAACUACCUGUAAAUAUAUCAUGGCCGCGUUUCAUUUCCCUUCAUUCUUUUCCUCUCCCCUAAAAAUA